CGUUAAUUGUUUUUGUUUUUUACAAUAGCGCGGCUGAAUUUUGUUUAACAACUAAGCGGUUACCAAGUACUUGAACUUUAUAAAAUGAAAGUUUAAUUUAAGUGAUUAAUGGUGUCUCAGCACAAGUUUUUGGAAGUAAACGCGUUUAAACUAUAAAAAUGCGAAUGCUACGUCGUGGUUUGGUACAAAAAAUUGCGGUAGCCUGUUGCCUUUUUUUAAUACUGGUCACCGUCUAUGUGGAAUUGUGUUUCGACCAGGAAGUCAACAAUGAGGCUAAAAUCGAAAUAAUGGAACGCUCGAUUAAAUCAGCCAUGAAUCAGGGGGAGUGUCGGCAUCCUCAUUUACCCUUGGAUAACCCCGAUAUCAUGAAGUUCUACAAGCCGGUUGAAAAAAUCGCUUGCGGGGAGGGAUUGGACUGGGUUAUGUGCGAAAAAUCCAUUUGCUUUGUAAGACCAGAAAUCGCAGCUGUCCAUGGGGACAUAACGUGUUCAUAUACGGACAUUAUACGAAAAUCUGAUUAUAGAGUCAAAUUUGGUCGUACGCUGAAGAUGAAGGAGCCAUAUGUGCUACAGGAAAGCGAUUUUGUCAAGGUAGUUUGUCGCGCCACAAGUGGACAAAGCUGGUUUGGUAUGGCUCAUGGCAUCCGGGAUUCAGUUCAGCGACCUCUUACAAGUAAUUUGUCACCGAAUUUGGCUGUUCUGCCACCUGAGGCUGUAGCACAGAUCCAACAGCAAAUGCAAGAUGUGCCCACUGCCUCGUUCUACAAUGUCCUGAUGUUCGGUUUUGAUUCACUCAGUCGCAAUGCUUUUAUACGAAAAUUGCCGCGCACAUAUGACUAUUUGACGAAUCAAUUGGGUGCGAUUGUCCUCAAAGGUUACAACAUUGUGGGAGAUGGAACUCCACAGGCUUUAGUCCCUUUGCUCACUGGCUACACGGAAUUAGAGCUGCCUGAGACUAGGAAACGCUUCUCCGGAGCUGGCAGUGUGGAUGCUUAUCCCAUGAUUUGGAAAGAUUUUGCCGAACUUGGGUAUAUGACUUCGUUCAAUGAGGAUUUACCCAAUGUCGGAACAUUCACCUAUCGCAUGAAUGGCUUCGAGACGCAGCCCGUUGAUCAUUAUUUACGUACCUACUAUCUUCAGGCGGGACACAUGCAAAGCGAUAGUGCCCCAAACUGCAUUGGCCAUCAGCCGGAUCAUAUAACAAUGCUGGAGUACACCAAGAAUUUUAUGUUAAAAUAUCGAGAUAAUCCUCGAUUUGUAUUCAGCUUUCAUGGAGGGCUUUCGCAUGACUCGAUAAAUCUGGUUGGAGCUGCUGAUCAAGACGUCCAUGAUUGGCUAGUUGCUUUAAAAGAGCGCUCCCUGCUAGACGACACUAUUUUGAUCUUCAUGGCCGAUCAUGGCAAUCGUUUUGCUGAAGUGCGCGCAACACUCCAAGGCAAACAAGAGGAGCGUUUGCCUUUCUUUAGCUUUGCCUUUCCAGAAUCGUUUAAGAAACGCUUUCCCCAGGAGUACAGCAAUUUUGUGGCAAACGAGGAGCGUCUAACUACGCCCUUCGAUAUACAUGCCACACUAAAGCACAUAAUUCAAUUGCAAACUGCCAGCCGCGAAGAACUGCCGGCUGAAAGCACUUUUAUGAGUUCCACCCAUGACAUAAAAACAGAGCCACCCGUAAAAAUCUCCCCACUGGCUCGUGGACGUGCCAUUUCACUUCUAGACCUCGUUCCUUCGAAUCGAUCUUGCGCCGAUGCCUAUAUCGAGCCGCAUUGGUGUGCCUGUCUUAACUGGCUGCAAGUAAAGCUGAAUGACACUCGCUACAAUGGGAUCAUUCUGAAAGCAGCUGAAAGCAUUGUUAAGACAAUCAAUGAGGCAACAAAUGGACAACGUCAGCUCUGUGCUCCCUUGCAGUUAGUCCAUGUAAAUUGGGUUCUGCGUCUGCAGCCGCACAAGGAACUCUUGCAGUUCAAGAGCAACAGCGAUCGAGAUGGCUUUCUGGCCGAUAUGACGGGUCAAACUCUCGUUCAAAAUGAAAUGUACCAACUGCAACUGCUUACUCAGCCUGGCCAGGGGCUAUAUGAGGCCAGUGUGAGUUACAAUUUGCAGACGUUUGAAGCCACCACAAAACUUAGCGAUAUCUCACGUGUCAAUAAAUAUGGCACACAGGCGAAUUGCAUAUACGAUCGUGAUCCGGAAUUGCGAAAGUAUUGUUAUUGCCGCAACUAGUCAACACCAAUGCCACAGACAUUGUUCUCGAAUUGCUAUUAGCUCUCUAUACAACAUUAGUUCCCAAAGAUUUAAGGCUUGUCACAAUUAGAUUAUUCAUAUCUUCACAAACAAAUAUUUGAAAAUGUAUUAUUUCUUUGUUGGCCUUUAAAACUUAAACACACCCCCUUAAGUACUAGAAUCUGCCUCAUUUUGAUUAGUUCCUCAAAUCAAGUGUGUACUUUAGUUUCCAUAUUUAAUAAAUGUAGCUAAUGAAUAGCAAAAAACAUAAGCAUCACUCAAAAAGGUAUAUAUAUAUAUACAUAUAUAUAGUUUAAAUUUCUGUCACUUAUUUUUUUAUAUAUGUAUGCAAUUUUAUUAGACUUUAUUGAUAAAUAUACAUUUACGACAAGAUA